GCCUUAACUCGCACCCCACCCUUCAUAAUGUCAUUGCUCCUGGUAGAAGCUGCCCUAAACUGGCGAUGUUCUGACUGACCCCCGCGGGGUUUGCUGUGCUGUGCUGUUCUGGUAUAAAUCAAAGGGGUGACAGAGUUUGUGGGCACUGCUAAAUGUGGGAGUGUAAUGGAGGCGAACUUGUUGGCUGGCGCAAUACUUUGCGUCUUGUCAUAAUCCAGGGGUCUCUAACUCGGGUCCUGGGGAGCUACUGAGCCACACCUGUUCUCUGGAAUGGAUUCAAGACCCUUUAGGCUCUCAUUUACACCACCGGGAGCGACGUCCCUGUCCCCCUCAUCCACUCGCCUGGGGGCCAGUCGCCUGCACAGCAGAAGUCGAGCUCUUGCCGGUGAUGGAUAUGCUAGGGCCACAUCUAUCAAGCUGGAUUCAGAUCUUGAGGCUUCCAGGUUCAGCUCCUCUAGAGAAUACGGGAUCUCCGACAGCCGCCGCUCCAGCUGGAAGGUGUCCUCUGCCUUGACAGCAGUCACGUCAUGUGACCGUCCAUGGGCCAACUCCCCGGUGGGGAGCAGGAGCAGACCGGUAGGGCAGUCCCCAACAAUCUGUCCAGGUGGUUCUGAGCCACUGGGGGCCUGUUCCGGCUUCCUGAGCGGAACCCAGGACAGCGAUAUGAAAAGAGCCAAGAUCUCCUACUGCAGCAGAACGCCGUACUCGAGAGAGCCGUGCUCGCCCGUGCUGAGUGGAGCCUACUGCAACCCGGAUCCGUCAUGGCAGCUGCGUAGCGCCCGCUCCCGAUCCUCGUCCUCGUCUCCCUCCGAGGGUGUGUGGUCUCGUCCCGAUGGUCUUUCCUUGCAGACCCCCAGGGCGGCUGACCUGGCGUCCUCGCUGUAUCCUGAGCGUGCGGUGUCAUCUUACGCACAAGGGGCCCGGCCAAAAGAGAGCUUCACCUCGGGUCAGGCGGGUGCCACGACCCGGCGCCGGCCCGGCCACUAUGAACCCUCCCCGCUGUCCCGUGACCCAUGCAGACCCGCCACCCCUUGGGCCGGACCGUCCCGCUCCCGUUCCUGGUACACCAGCUCAGCGGGGUCGUCAGAGACUAUUGCCAGCAGCACCAGUGCCCCCCGCAGGCAAGCGGCUGACGGUGGGGGUCCCGAGGGGCGAUGUGCCACCAGGCAGCUGCUCUCCCGUCUGGCCAGCAGCAUGUCCUCCACGCUGUUCUCCAGGAGGCCCAGUCAGGACUCCAGCAGCUCUGACUCUGCAUCUUGCUCCUUCGACUCCUUGGAGGACUCUGCCGAUGCCCAGCGAGAGGAGAGCUCCCCAUCCAGUGCCGGCAGUAGCAGAAGUAGCAGCACCGAUCCUUCCCAAGGCCUGCCCUUCCUUCGCCGCCGCCGUCAGGCGGCGCGGGAAACGCAUGGCGCCGACCCCGACCCUCCAAGGGCGGGAACCUCCUGGCUGUCGUCAUCCCUGAGGAGUCGCUGUACCCCUCUGUUUUCCUGCAGAAGGCGGGAGGGUCUCCAGGAAGAUGAGGCACGGCAGCCGUAUCGGAGCUCUCCUUUCCCUUUGCGGAGACGAGCUUCUCCAGAAACCAAAGCCACCGAUGAGGAAGAGGAUGAUGAGGAGGAACCUGAAAGCACUGGAGCAGCGGGGUCGCCGGGGGCCACGGUGGCUUCAAACACCACUGUGCCGUGUCCCCCCCAGGCAGGCAGAGCUCACCGGAUGGCCGGGGUCACACCCAACUCUCUGUUCCACGUCUCUGUGUCGCCCUCUCUGGAGAGCUCACUGCCCGACAACGUGAUGAUCACAGUGGACAUCAUGGCUACUGGGAGAAGUGGCCCUGAGAAGAAGCUUGCCUCUUCACGGGAUCCUGAGAAGCUCCGGAAGAUCAAGGAGAGUCUGUUGCUGGAGGAGUCUGAUGAGGAGGGUGACCUUUGCCGCAUCUGUCAGAUGGUAGAGUCGUCGCCCUCCAACCCGCUGAUCGCACCAUGCCGGUGCACCGGGAGCCUGCAAUAUGUUCACCAGGACUGCAUGAAGAAGUGGCUGAGCUCUAAGAUCAGCUCAGGUUCUGCCCUGGACACCAUCACCACAUGUGAGCUGUGCAAGGAGAAGCUACAGCUCAACAUCGACAACUUUGACAUCAAUGAGCUGUACAGGAUGCGUGAGAGGUCAGAGAAUGAGUUCAUCAGCUGCGGCCUCUACCUGGUGGUCCUGCUGCACCUGUGCGAGCAGCGUUUCUCAGAUGUGCUGGGAGCAGCCAAUGAUGCCGGGUUUUUCAACAUGGCGAGAACUCUUCAUGAGUACAUGGACGAGCUCGAAAGCUCCAACGGAGACUCCGAAGAAGACGUGCCUGAUCACAGGCCUGCCAUUCACUUCUGCGACUUGGACGACGACGAUGAUGAUGAUGAUGAUGAAGAAUAUUGAAAAGCCCUCUGACCUUUGAGUUUUCUGGCAGAUUUUCCAGUGCUGUGUUUUUCUUUCUUGUAUAGCUUGGCAGAAGCAAGCCUAUGGCAUUGAACACUUGUUUUCCUGUAGGGGUUCUAUCGCUGAUUUAAAUGUGAUUAGGUUGUUUCCCCCACCCCCCCCAUUGAAUGCAUGGGGUCUGUUCAUAUGAAUGAUUGAUUGCCCACUAGCCAUAUAGACAGGAGUUCUGGUGUAAAGUUAUCUUGACAUUGUCUUGCCCCAAAGGUGACUUUCACCAGUUUUCAUUCAUCUUUCCCUGUCAAAUUAAGGUUAAAAAUGAAAGAUGGAUUCUUUACUUAUUGUGUGUUGCUUUAAUUACCUAGAUUGGGGGUGGGGGGGGAGAGAUCUGGGGGGGAAAAAAGUUUUUCACCACUGAAUUAUAGUGAAAUUGUUCGUCAACCUUUUGCCUGCUCUUUAGGUUGGGAUAUAAAAUGUAAUUUCCUUGGUGAAGCUGGUUGUUCAUGUUUUAAUAAUUAAAAUUUAAUAAAUAAAUCUGAUGUAUAA